ACGGCUUGGCUUCACCUUCGCGGGUGCGAAGCUGCGGAGUCCGGCCUUGGCGGUCGCGGUCCGACUGAGGUGGGCUUGCUAGCCUUGCGCUGUGAAGGCGGAGAUCACUGAGCGGGAGCUGAGGCGUCUUCGGAGGCUGUAGGCUCUCCCCUGAAGCGGCCUUUGGCCUCAGCAGGAAGAUGGCCAGCACGCAUUGGGCCUGUUUGCUUAGGUGCUGCUGCGUCAGGAGUGACAGAGUUGACACCUGCUCGUCACAGCUGGCAUGCGGCGUCCGAGCGAGAGGGCUGGAAGAGUUCCACAGAGCUGUCUUCCAGGCGGAUGUCGCGAAAGUGCGGUGGAUCCUUGUCCACCAGAGAAAGCUCUUGAAUGAGACAGACAAGAAGGACAGGAGUGCUCUACAUUGGGCCUGUGCCAGUGGCCAUCCAAAGACAGUAAAUUUCCUGUUGAACAGAAAAUGCAGGCAUAACAUCUUUGACCACUUGUACAGGGCAGCUUUGGUGAAGGGCAUCCAGUGCCAGAGAGAAAAAUGUGUAACUCUUCUCCUGGAACAUGGCGCUGAAAUAAAACUUAAGGAUGCCCAGGGUAACACUCCUCUCCACUAUGCUGCCUAUAAUGGCGAUUUAUCAAUAGCAGCAAAACUGCUUUCACAUGGUGCUAAUAUUGAAGAAAAAAACAAGGUAUGA